AUGAAAGACGAUGAUCUAGACACCCGUUCUGAUGGAAAUAAUGAGGAUGACGACGACGAUGGUGAUGUUUUACUUGAAGCAUUUUUAGAUAGACUCAGAUCGCAAGAUUACGACGCACAGCUAGACUGUCUCAAUCAUUUGACGUCCGUUGCGUUGGCCAUCGGGUUUUCAAAUUUUCGAACAAAGCUUCUUCCCAAACUAACAGGCGUCCUGAAAUACGAUGAUAGUUUACUCGCGGUGCUUGCCGAGACUCUUGGCGACAUGGUUGCCUAUGUUGGUGGAGUUGACCAUGUUUCUUGCCUGUUGGAACCUUUAGAAAAAUUAGCAUCUAACGAAAAUAACGAAAUAAGGGUCAGGGCUAUAUCAUCUUUAAAUAAAUUGAUGAGAUAUCACACUCAAAAGGAGUUAGAAAGUUUAUACAUGCCUAUGUUCAGAAGGUUUCUCGCAUCUCAGUCCAUUGUCGCCAAGCUAUCAGCGUGUCAGAUGGUUUUGAAACUUUAUGAAAGAUCUACCGGGUCUAUGAAAAAAGAAAUGCGAUCUUUGAUAGGAAAAAUGACAUUGUGCAGCAACCCGAUCGUUAGAGAAGAAGUAACAAAAGUUAUCGUCGAGAUGAUUCCUAUUGUACCACUGGAAAUUUUUGUUCGUGAGUUGUUUCCAUUAUUCCUCGCUUUAGUGAAGGAUCAGCAGGAGUCCGUUAAAAAAGUUGUCAUAUCAAACAUCCUUCCGUUAUUCGUGAAGUUGCCUACAGCUUAUAGAGAAAGUUAUAUUUUCAGCAUUGUUGAAAAAGCUGCAGCCGACAUUUCAGACGACGUCAGAUCAAUUCUCGCCAAUAAUUUGCCAGCGUUAACGACAACAGUUUUUGAAGUGAAAUCUCGUAAAACAAUGAUGUCAAUUUACCAAAAAAUGUUUUCAGAUUGCAAUUUGACUGUUAAAUCGACGGCUAUUUUGAAAUUACCAAACUUCCUGGAACAGCUCAUGUCGGAUGAGAAAGAGGAAACGGUAGAAAAUUUUGUCAUGCCAUGUUUGAAGGAUCUCAUAAAUGAAGAAUCCAUCUCUGUACGCUUGUCUUUAGCCACAGUCAUCGGCAACAUCAGCAGCCACGUGUCAGAUGAGCUAGUGGUAAACGAUAUUUUCCCGAUCAUCAAAAAGAUAUCGAAAGACGGGAACCAGUCUGUUCGGGAGGAGUUGAUGAAUCAACUCUUCCACAUUAAUAAGACGGAGAACAUUGAAGCCAUAUUUGAAAAUCUUCUGCCCAGUUUAACGGUGCUUGUCACCGACAUCAAAUGGAAAGUCAGGCUAGCCUCUCUCCGUUACAAUGCAGAUCUAGCUCUUAAAGCCGGACACGAUACAUUUUUCGCGAAACAGCAUACCUUUUUCAUUAGCUGGUUAACGGACAGUGUAGCUAUCAUCAGAGAAACCUGCGUUGACCAUCUGGUCCUGUUGUUCAAAAAAUAUGGAUAUCAAAUGCAGAUGUCGUUUUUUCCAGUUGUUUUGCAACAAACACGCAACCAACAUUAUCUAGUCAGAAUCGCCUGUCUUCAACUAAUCCGGAAACUAGCGCCCAUCUACGUUAAAGAGACCAUUCUGGAAACUGUUCUCCCUCUGCUGAAUAAACUAUCAAACGAUCCCAUCGCUAACGUCCGAUUGAACGUAGCCAUAGCAAUCAUGCAUCUAUCUCCGAACGUUGAAAAUAACAAGUUGUUGGAGUUGAAUGUUGUACCACCGCUGGAAAAAUUGGUUGACGACAAAGAUGACGACGUAAGGUUCUUUGCAGAAGAUGCUUUGGAAGGUAUCUUUUCAUUGUCAAUAUUUUUUGAACUAGGCACAUUUGGAAGUAAAAUAUUUUUUUGUUUGUUGAUUGUUGAAACACAACGAAUAUAA